AGCGCCUCUCACAUACAUGAACCGUUAGAAAACUCAUACAAAACGAAGAGCAAACGCGGCUAGUUUUGCUAGCUUCCAGCUAGCGCAGCAGCAAGUGCUAAAUAGUAAAACAUGGCUGCUGUGCUCACCCCGAGACCACCGUGCGAUAGCAACCCUGCUACCCCAGGAUCACAGUCCCUAAAGGAGGACAUAACAGAAGAGGAGUCCAAUGAUGGCAGCCAGCCCCCUAAAAGACGACGAAUGGGUUCAGGGGACAGUUCACGAAGCUGUGACACUUCCAGUCAGGACCUUGGGUCAACGUAUUUCCCAGCGGAGAACCUAACAGAGUACAAGUGGCCAGCAGAUGAUACGGGAGAGUAUUACAUGCUCCAAGAGCAGGUCAGCGAGUAUCUGGGAGUCACAUCCUUCAAGAGGAAAUACCCUGAUAUGGAAAGGAGGGACCUAUCACAUAAAGAGAAGCUCUACCUGCGUGAGCAGAAUGUGAUCACUGAGACACAGUGCACUCUGGGUCUAACAGCUCUACGAAGUGACGAGGUCAUAGACCUGAUGAUAAAAGAGUAUCCUGCAAAACAUUCAGAGUACUCGGUCAUACUCCAGGAGCGUGAGCGACAGAGGAUAGCUAAAGAGUACUCUCAAAUGCAGCAGCAGAACCCUCAGAAGGUAGAAGCCAGCAAGGUUCCUGAAUACAUCAAGAAGGCGGCCAAAAAGGCAGCCGAGUUCAACAGUAAUUUCAACCGGGAGCGAAUGGAAGAGAGGAGGGCUUAUUUUGACCUCCAGACGCAUGUUAUUCAAGUGCCACAGGGCAGGUUCAAGGUGCUCGCUCCAGAGCUGACCAGGACCGGGCCCUACCCAGUUGCUCUAAUACCAGGGCAGUUCCAAGACUACUACAAACGGUACUCUCCCAAUGAGCUACGAUACCUGCCUUUGAACACAGCUCUGUUUGAGCCUCCGCUGGAUCCAGAUCUGCCCGCACUGGACUCAGAACCUGAUUCAGAUGAUGCAGAGGAUGACAAAAAGAACAAAAACUCUUCUGACAGUUCUUCAGGCAACACGUCAGAUGGCGAAAGUCAGGAGGGUGGAGGCCAGAAGUCCAAGGCCAAAGAUAGGACAUCCACGCCGGGCAAAGAUGGCAGCCAACGCCACUCCCACAAAGUCACCCCCGGGUACAAGCCGAAGGUCAUUCCCAAUGCUAUAUGUGGCAUUUGCCAGAAGGGUAAGGAGGCCAACAAGCGAGGCAAACCUGAAGCGCUCAUUCACUGCUCCCAGUGUGAUAACAGUGGCCACCCGUCCUGCUUGGACAUGAGCGCAGAGUUGGUGCGCAUGAUCCAGACAUACCGCUGGCAGUGCAUGGAGUGCAAGACAUGCACCGUCUGCCAGCAGCCCCACCAUGAGGACGAGAUGAUGUUCUGCGACAAGUGUGACCGAGGCUUCCACACCUUCUGCGUAGGGAUGGCCUCCAUCCCCACAGGUCUUUGGCUCUGUGAGGUAUGCGACAAAGAUUUCAACACACCUAAGAAGAGAAGCGGAACGAAAACACUGAAAAAGGCCAAGUCUGCGCAGAAAUGAUUUGACGACAUCUGAUUUUAUUAGAUUCUAGAUGGGGUUUUAUCGACCAUUUUGAAAGAGUACUUUGUUUUAAGACAGGGGUGGGCAAUUAUUUUCCCGGGGGGGCAAAUGAGAAGCAGAAAAUAUUGUGUAGGGCCGGGUCAAAAGUUAGAAAUAAAAAUAGAAAAUAAACAAGAUGGCACAAUGUCUUUGUAUGCCAGUAAUAAUCUAACAUUCUCCUCCACCAUCACACUCAGCACCGGUUCUCCUCAAGGAUGUGUACUGGGCCCCUGUUGUUCACGCUCCACACAUUUGACUACUCUCCGACUCUUAUCAGCGGUACAUUUUGCGGAAAGUUUUUAAUAUGAUAACAAUCAAACCAUUCUAGGAAAUGUUCAUUUACUUGAGCCACAAGCAAUUCACUCUGAGCAUGGAAAUUGCCAGAAUCGGUCUGAGUAAGAAUCGCUAGAUUUGAGUCUUUCUGACUCCAGACGUCUCCUGAAUGUUUCGUACUUUGUUACGCGCUUCGUUUAAUCGGAUACAUGUCACUUUCCCUUUCAUGGUCAUUACUCUGUCCCUCUUUCUUCGUCUUCCCCUGCCUCCCUGUGCUCUGCAACUUGAAGUAACUGCGCCACCUGGUGUUGAAAUACCUGUCAUUACAAGUCCAAACGAAAUGAAUGCAAUCAAACCUUAAUUGUGCACCAAUCUUUGGCGGGCCGGAUUAAAAAGACCAACAGGCCGGAUCCGGCCCGCGAGCCGUAAUUUGCCCAUCCCUGUCUUAAGAGAAUAAUAGGCACAACAACAGUUAGAUCAACAACUGGAAUUGUCCCUUUCCUAUUAAGCUUUACCGGAGUUUACAUUUUCAAAUGAUCCCUUCUACAACAUUUGUGGAAAAUCACAAUGUCCCAUAGGGGUGAGCUUUGCAGAGAACAGGCCCGCAGGCUAGCUGGUGCCCGUGGAAACCAAUGAUGUUGAAUUUCAAGUGUUGUUUUAGGAGAUUCAUCUGGUUCAUCCGUUAAGACGACCUCACAAAAUUAAUGUUUGGGUCCUACUGUAUACUACUAACCAAGAUGGGGGAGUGUAUUUCCAGACAUUUGCGAUAGUACAGUAUCCCUUAAUGGAAGUAAUACUGUCGGUCUCAUUUAAUUGUUCAUUUAAAAUAUUUCUAAUUGAAUGGGAGAAUCUGAAUAUUUUAGUGUCUUACUGAGCAGUAUAAUGUUGUUCUUCAAGUCACCACCAAGUCGAACUUAAAACUGCUGAUUGCAACCAAGUAGUGCACUUGUUUUGCCUGAAUUGCGUCAAGAUGACUCAACAGUUCCAAUUGAUUUUCAUGCCUAUCACAAGUAUCCAUUCGUGGUCUAAGAAAAAAAAGGAAAAGAUAACUUCCUUAGCAAGAUAAAAAUAACUAGAAAACAAGAUCAUACGAUAGGUUUAAUAUUUUGGGGUACCUAUAACUUAAAUUUUCUGUUUUCGUCAUCAAUUAUGUAUGACAUUGCUGGACUAGUUUUGGUUUCAAUGGUACAUGGCUUAUCAACUCCAUUUGACUUUUGAUGUCAGUGUCACUCUUUAACAGUUUAUCUUUCUGUACCAAGACGGGUACGUGAUAAGCAAUGAUGCUGUUUUGGCUGAACAAUCGGUGCUCUUAUUGAUCUACUAGUUAAAAAUGGAAGGUCAGUUACAUUUUGAUGUGCAUUUUUGUACCAACAUGUCUUGAAUUCUAUCAUGGUGCUAAUGAUCUUUUGAAAUGUAGUGUCUGUAGUUUUGGGUCCAGUUUAUUAAAACGUGUGUCUUGGGUACAGAUUUUCACGAUACCUACCUUAUAAUGAUGCCUCUGACUGCAGCAAGGCUGUCACAAAGCUACAAUAAACCAUAUUUUUGGAUUUGACUUGAAAAUUAAAAUGUAUUUUUCUACUUUUCUAGAAAAUGUACUGUCGUGGUAGUAGAUGAUUUGUUCAUGUCAUAGUCACUGAAUUUCUUUUUUUUUUCUUAAAUAAACCUGUAUAUAAUGAAUACCUCAGUAUCAUCACCAUCUUUUUUUAAUAGAGUGACACGGUUGCAAGUACCCACAGUUUGGGAUUGUUCGGGUAGAUGCAGAGUAGUAAAAGUAAAUGUGCAUGCUCACUGGUUCAGUCCAUCUACCUAUUGUCUAUAGCAGCGAUUUCAACAACAAAUAAUGUAUCGUUGUCUACCCAUCUAUGCCAGUAACUUACAGUGAAAGAAAGAACAAAUGAAUGAUCGUCUAUCAGAUUGCAGAAAGUAUUAAAUUGACAUAUGUAUACUCA